AUGGAUUCGGAUUUUAUGGACAAGUUGCAAAGUAUAACUUUGAUGGAGGAUGAGGGAAAAGUCAUUAAGGUUGGGGUUUCACAGAGGGAAAGGAUGCUAGAAGAGUGUUCACUCAGUUUGUUGGGGAGGUUUCUCACAACACGAGUUUUAAAUCAGAGUGUAGCCAAGAGUAUGCUACGAUCUGUGUGGAGGAUGGGCUCAGAUUUACGCAUUGUUGAUGUGGGGGAUGAUCUUUUUCAAUUCAAGUUUACAAUGGAGAGUCAGUUGAAAUGGGUGCUAGCAAAUGGUCCGUGGAGUUUUGAGGACCACCUUUUGGUAUUACAAAGAUGGGAGCGAGGUAUGACAGCAACUUCGGUUAGAUUCUCUUCAAUGCCGAUGUGGGUUCAGGAGUGGGGUUUACCUUUUGAUCUGUUAGUGGAAGAGGUGGGCAGGGAUAUUGGCAGUGGUUUGGGAGUAGUACUGGAAGUUGAUUUGAAGGCAUUUUCGUCUGACCAAGCUCGCUUUAUCAGAGUAAGGGUGGAGUUGCCAUUGGAUAAACCAUUACGUCGAGGAGGAGUUGUCGUAAGUAUUGAAGGAGAUAAGGUUUGCAUUGGCUUCAAGUAUGAACUUUUAGUUGGGCUUUGCUAUCAAUGUGGUCGGAUUGAUCAUGAGGUAAAGAAGUGCUAUGUUCCAAGAGACCAAAAACAGGGGUGUCUUCCUUAUGGGGAGUGGUUGAAGGUGGGGUAUCGUAGAAAUCAUGGGAAUGAAAACAAAGCAAGACUGCAAUCGAACAGUCUACCUGAGGAUGGUAUUGUUGAUGGUGCUCUAUCAAAGGGUGUUGGAACAGUUGAGAAGGAUUCAAUCGUGAUUGUGAAGAAUCACGUUCCUGUUUUUGAGGAGCUGAUUUCGAAGAUUGAGCGUGCCUUCCAAACCGAUUCAGAUUUUUCAUUCUCAAAAGCGAGUCCAUCUGUCAGCGUACCAGAUUCUAGCGCAAUUUCCUCGGACUUGAUUGAGGUGGUGGUCAUGGAUGAGGAUACUAUCACCUUAAAUCGUGGCUUAAUGGGAAAACAAGUUAAGCAAAAAUUGGGUUUUGAGGGAUUGGAAAGAGGUUUUAAAGUUGGAUAUGGUAAUGUGCAUGGAAACAGGAAUAAUAGUAAGGUCCAACCCAAAAAAAGUGGUAAUCAAGAUAAACGUGGGAGUCAAUCUUUGCAUAGCCCAAAAAAAGUGGAGUUUGUUAAGGAGUCAACAAAUGGAAACCCUAUCAAGUCUUCUGUUGUAGAUGUGGAACAUGAGCACAAAAGGAAGCAAACAGGAAAAAUUGAUUAG